CCAAGCUGCAGGUGCAGCCUCUGUCCAGUAGAUGGCGGGAGCUGACCGUUUCAAAGCAGCGACGGUUUCAAUUGGACGAAGAAGAGGGAGGAUCGCUGUCAUGGCGGCCAAGGUGGUGAUGGUGGCCGUCCCCACGGUGCUGGGAAUCGCCUCCAUCCGCGUGUACACGGUGAAGGAAGCUCCCGCGGACGGGCUGGUUUCUCCAGACAGGCUGAACAUCUACGCCCCGCUGCUCGGCGCUGACCCGCCUACGGUCGUUCCAGAACGUCCAGGACUUGUGGAGAGAGGGCUAACGACGACCAGAGAGAGCGUUUUGCCCGCCGUCCGAGCUGUGAAGGAUGCCUGUGUCUCUGUAACACGGGGUGGUGUUAAUCUUUACCAUGCAGGAGAGGAUGUAUAUUACUACUUGAUAGACCCUCCUCCAGGUUUUCUGCCCAGGUUUGGAACCGUCACCAUGGCCGGCCUGCUGGGCAUGUUCUUGGCGAGAAAAGGCUCCCGUUUCAAGAGGUUAGCGGUUCCGUUGGGUCUGAUGAGCGCCGGGGCGUCGCUGUGCUACCCAGUCCAAGCCGUGUCUGUGCUCAAGGUGACGGGACAGAAGGUGUACGCCGCAGGGCAGUGGAGCAGCGCCGCCGCGUCGUCUCUGCUCGCCGCCAGGGAACCUGUCGCCAAAGAGGCCGCCGCGCCGCAACCGCAGCCUCGUUCAGAAGCCGAUCCAGAGUCGACUCUGCGUGACGAUGAGGCCUCGGCCGACCUUUCCACACCCGACCUCUCCACACCCGACCUUUCCACACCCGACCUCUCCACACCCGACCUCUCCACACCCGACCUCUCCACACCCGACCUUUCCACACCCGACCUCUCCACACCCGACCUCUCCACACCCAACCUCUUGGCUGAAAGCGUCGCCGUUUCGGAGGCAGAAGUGGAAUCGGCCGAGUUCGCUCCCAUUUCUGAGGAGCCGGUCGUCACUGAAGAGCCGCCGGUGGCUCUUACAGGAACACCUCCAGCAGAGAUCGGUUGGUCAGCACAUUCGGAGCCAGUGCAAACAGAGCCGUCUCGUCCCGCCUCAGACGAAAACCGAGCCUCGGACGAUGUUUCCCUUGACCUGACGCCAGCGGACGCCGUCCAGGACGAGCCGGCUGAAGGAAACCUGCCAUCAGCUUCCGCUCUCGAAUCAGCUGCUGAGUUUGAGCCGGCGGAGGAGCAGCAGUCGCUUCCUGCUGCGGAGGAGACGCCAACCUCAACCCCCGCCACGGCGCCGGCGCCUCAGCAGCCUGCAGAGGGAAGCAGAGAAGAGGGCUCUGGUUUCCAGCCGGACCCGGCUCUCAUGGACUUCGGCCAGUCCAGCCCCGAAGACGAAGACCUGUACAGCACACGCAGCUGAGACGGGCCGGCCCCGUGGCCCCGCGGCCCCGGAGCACCUCGACAGAUUCACCGUCAGACGUUUCCAUUCUCAUAGUUUUCUUUUUUUGUUGUUGUUGUUCUUCUUUUCUCUGCCCACGUUUCCGCAGAACACGUCCGAAUAAGUUGGCACCGGCGCUGCAUUGUGAUGAAUUUCGGUACACAAACGCAGAGAAACCUGGAAAAAAAAAAAAAAAAAAAAUCCCCACCCACAAUUACAUUGGAAACAGUUUCUGUUUAAAUGUGCAGGAGUUUUCCAACCAUCAAUUAUGCAAAGUGCCGUUUAUUUAUUGUGAUCAGCCCAUUUUUGUUCAUUUAAAUCUUCCUCUCAGACGAUGAAGACUACGAGGAGGACUUGUGCUGCUGCUUCACACUGUUAGAUGGGUGGUAAAGGAACUCGGAAUAAAUCUUUAUUUUUGUGUGAA